AUGAGCAGGCCUCCAGCAACAUCGCGCAAGCUCAGGAGUGUGCUGGUGCUACUGGCGCUGUUCUUGGUGUGUGAGCCAGAGCCUAAGACCGGCGCUUUGAACAGUGUUAGAGGUGUUCCCGAGCAGCUUCAGGCGAGCAUCGCAGACGGCGCGGGCUUUGCUUGGAGCGGGGGCCGUGCCCUUUCCAAGGCUGAUGGCCCUUUGGACCGUGGUGAGGCCGAAGACCAUGAAGACGUCAAGGCCCCUUCAGAAAAGGAUCAGGAUGAGGUGGAAGAGGCGACGACCGAGGCACUUCCCGGCUUGCUGGUGAGGGCUUCGCAGUUCUGUGUGGCUCCUGCAGGCUGCCCCUUGCUGCAGGCCGACUGGCUAGACAAGACAGCUGAAGAGAUCCAGUCGCUUGGAGUUGAGGAGGUCGGUUCUUGGGUCAGAGCGGCAUUGGAAGAGGCGAGCUUCGACGAGGAAGACGAGGUUGUGCAGGAGAUUACAAAUACUCUGAAGGGUGAGAAGGUCAACGGCGCCGCGCUGCUGCUGUUGAAAUCGGACGACAUGAAAGAAUUGAAGAUUCCCAUGGGGCCGCGCAAAGUCCUGGCAAGUCGCAUCGCUGCCGUGUCAAAGGCGACGGCCAAGGCCGGUUUUUGUUUGGACUUUUCUCGUGCAGACCGGAAUCUCGCAGCAUCCCCUCGCUAA